ACAGCUGUUGAUGACCUCCAAACACGGUCGACACGGACUGUCCGUAUUGCUAGGAAUUAGUCUGUUGCCUAGCAACGCCUGCAUAGGCCGGCGCCCUCACUCUUCAGACACCAAUCAUCACAGCCAUUCCAGGGAAACAACUGCACCAGAACAUACUGUAAGUGCCAAACAACGCAAUCAGACCCACACAGAUACAAAACCACACACACCCAGUCACACGGUUAUCGCCGGGAAGAGAGGCGAAGACACUCACACCCCCUCAGACACCUCAGGUAGAGGUUCAACAACAGAGACGAGUGCAGGCCAGCGCACAGCGACACACACGCACACACACAUGAAUGCGCACAUGAACACGAACGGGGCAGAAGCCGAUGAUAGGACAGGCACAGGGAAAACACCCGCGGCGUUGCUGGCGGUUAUUGCCACAGACAAACUAGUGUACAUCCGACUACUGCCCAUGGCACGCAUAGUGCACACGGUGAGUGUAGCAGCAGCGCUAAAGGGCACACGCCCGCUCACGGCACCCCAAAGACUACCUCGGUCUCAGCAGGGGCCAAAGCGCCGCCGAACACCCAGUACAUACAGCACCACUAGCACAACUAGUACAGUCAGUGAGACUAGUGUUAGUAGUACGGCUGGCGCUCAGGGUGUGCGUGGCUUGCAGAUGCGAGCAGAGGAUACCAAGGGAUUCGGAGGGGCGAGUGACCCGGGAAUGCAAAGCCCAGAUACGAGGUCUAUUUAUAGCACAGACUCCGCGAUGCUGGGAGGUGAGGGGGAGUUGGGUGCACGCACGCACGCACAGAUGCAGACACCCGUGUAUAACAAUGAGUAUACGAACACAUCUGACCGACCACAGACACAUACACACACACACACAUACAUACAUACACAAACAGUCAUGUCAGAACUCCACGGAUUGGCCAGUGAAAUAGCGAAGGAGCCUCUCAAUGAAUUGGGUGCGAGUGUGCAUGCAAGUGCUAUAGAUGCGUGUGCAAGUGUAGCCUGGCUGUGCGCCAGCGAUCCCUCACCGAAGGGUACACGGUCACACACACCCGAACAGGAACACACACCCGCACACGCGUAUGCCGACAGCACUAUGAUAGCGUACGGGUGGGACAACAGGGCCUUUGUGGACGCGCUUGUGGGGGUGUCCAUUGAUGGGGAGAGGACUGGUGCACCUGCCCUGAAUCUGGAAAGGAGGGCUGAAUAUGUACUGCCUUGUGGACUGGUCAGUGUCGUAUGGCUGACCCGGGCAAGACUAGGAGUGCUGGAUGUCAACGAACACCUGCAUGUGUUGGAGUUGGGGCCAAGAAGCACGCCGCUGUUAUUAGAAAUCCAGGAUCUAUCGCAGCAUAGUCUUACCUACCAUGAGAUAGCCUUCAACGCACCCGUGCGCAGUGCAAGCCACGACAGGUCGACUAAAAAUAGCGACCAAUCAUAUCGCGAGUCAAUGGAGAGACACUCGGCCGCAUUGGAAGGUCCGAUGGGACAUACUUCGAGUGCUCACACCAGCCCUCUCCGUCAAUCAAAAGCAAGCCCGGAUAAAUCAUGGAAUGGCGGCCAAUUGAAAUCAGCUAUGCAUAAACCUUGGAACGGCAGGGAUCACACACCGCCACACAGCAGAAGCGGCACUGCUCUCAUACUAAACACGAAUAUGGACAGCAACGUGUAUAAGCAAAGCUAUAACGCGUGCGUGGCAGAAGCAGGCGACCUUCAAUUGGUUGGGGAACAGGGCAUACAGCAAUGUACCAAGACUAAGGCCAAAAGCGCAGCCACCAGGCGUGUGCGGUACCGUAUGUAUGUGAACAAUAUGGUUUGGGGCAGUUUGGGACCGAAUGCUGAGACCUCGGGUGCACCCUCGGAGAGAGACGAGGCUCUCGAGAGCUACAGAAAGCGGGGGAACCCAAAAGGGAAAGUCGCGGACGAAGAUACUGUGUUGUGCACACUGUUAGGAGAGACGUCAGUAUUAAGAGUGGUCUCUCUGAGCAUCAAGCAACAGGCGAGCUUCAUGUAA